AUGGCUGGCGGCUAUUUUGACCUGCCCAUAUCAUCCUCCUCCAGGCGUUCGAGCCUUACUGAUCUAUCUGGAGGACCUAGCAGAUCAUCCCCGGGGCCGCGUGUCCUAUCCCCCCUACCAACUCCCAAUGAAAACCCGCAGGAGAGGUCGUUGGAACCAAGCGGAGCUCAGGGCCGGCUGAGGAAUGCAGCAAUCCCCAGGAGCACGAAUCGGGUCAAGUUCACGGUCAGCGAGGCUGGUCUUGGCGCAACCACUGCUGGAUCGACGUCAGAGACCCGGUUCGAUGGAAGGGGCUCAUCACUACCGCAAAGACCAUUGCCCACCGCUAGUAGCAUUCCAUCGACAGUUAAGGCCUCCCCUGACCCCCAAUCAGUGCCUCUGAUCGAUAUUAGCCCCAGUACGCCGGUAGGUGUCACGGGCCUCACGAUCCACCCAGCAGCUCGCUCCACAGGCUCCCCCGGCGAUGACGAUGAGGUCAGUAACGAGAAGGGGAGGGCCAUCCACUCGGCACAAGAAAGAGCCCAGCGGCUGGCAUCCUUGCUGCAUCGAUCUUCCAAAUCUCCAAAGACAAGCCCUUGGUCUAGUCGACCGUCUUCCAUCGCAUCUACUCCUAGUGAGGUGGUGCUACCUUCAGAGGAUGGGGAUGAGAUUCCCAUGAUCAGUCUUUCUGAAAAGCAUUUUGACGACCUCUCAGACGACGAUGAAGUUGGCCCUUUGAACGGCCGACAAUCGAUACGUACUUCCCAAGCCCACCAGCUAGUCAGACAAAUGACUCGAAACGAUUUCAGUUUCCUGACCCGGAUCCAAGUCCCCUCUGCAGGGCUCCGGUCCGGGCAGGUUACGCCCCUUGAAGAAAGGGACCCCGAUGCCUACGUUGAACGGCCGGCCCAUUACCGUGGCGGGAUCCUUUCCUCCUUACUCAAACUAUACGAUCAACCUGGCAGCAACUAUUCGCGGGGCCGGCAUGGCAGCUUGCGUCGAAGCAGCACCGGAGAGUUUAGUAGUCGAGGAUUAUCCCCAGACCCUACCUGGAAGUCUCAACGGCCCAGGAAGUGGUACGAAAAAUCCCCUAACCAGUCUAGCACCUCCCUGGCUGGCUCAACGGCCAAGAACUCGGCAAGCUCCCCCAUCGCGAUGCUCAAGCGUUCCCGAAGCAGCGGAGCCAUUCCAAGCGUGCCCAAGCGAAUGGGUAAACCGCAGCUUGAGGAUGAGAUCCGCAUCACGAUCCAGAUAGCCGAACUUCUCUCCCGCCAAGGAUAUCUCAUCCGACUCUGCCGAGCUUUGAUGAAGUACGGCGCCCCUACUCAUAGGUUGGAGGAGUAUAUGAAGAUGACUGCCCGCGUCUUGGAGGUUGACGGUCAAUUCCUGUAUAUACCUGGCUGUAUGAUCAUCUCCUUCGACGACGCGUCCACUCACACUACUGAAGUUCGGUUGGUCCGAAGUCAUCAGGGCGUCGACCUGGGUCGACUGUCCGAUGUGCAUCUCAUCUACAAGGAGGUGAUUCACGGCGUGAUUGGGGUUGAAGAGGCCAUCCAACGGUUGGAUGAGAUCGUGAAGCAGAAGAACAAGUACCCCGUGCCAGUAGUUAUUCUUAUCUACGGAUGUGCUAGCGCCUGCGUCGGUCCUUUCGCGUUCAAUGCGCGGCCUAUCGAUAUGCCAGUUGCCUUUCUGCUAGGAUGUCUUUUGGGAAUCCUCCAGCUUGUGCUUUCGCCACGCUCCAACCUUUACGCGAAUGUCUUUGAAAUCUCUGCUGCAGUUCUGACAUCAUUCCUGGCCCGGGCUUUUGGCAGCAUCCGAUAUGGGGAUGGGCGGCUUUUCUGCUUCUCUGCCCUGGCCCAGUCCUCGAUUGCAUUGAUCCUGCCCGGAUACAUGGUGUUGUGCGCCAGUCUGGAGCUGCAGUCACGCAGUAUUGUCGCUGGGUCUGUCCGCAUGGUCUAUGCCAUUAUCUAUUCCCUGUUCCUUGGGUUCGGAAUCACGAUCGGAACCGCAGUCUAUGGUCUUUUGGAUUCUGAUGCAUCUUCGGACUACACGUGUCCGGCCAGCCCAAUCACCAACGAAUAUCUUCAACAUUUUCCUUUUGCAAUUCUCUUCACAUUUUGCCUCGCCGUCAUCAACCAAGCGAAGUGGAGGCAGAUGCCCAUGAUGUUGAUGAUCGCCUUUGCUGGGUACGUGACGAAUUACUUCGGUACCAAGCGAUUCUACUCGAGCACUCAGGUCUCCAACGCGUUGGGAGCUUUCGUCAUCGGAGUGAUGGGAAAUCUUUAUAGCCGGUUACGGCACGGCUUUGCGGCCGCAGCGAUGCUGCCCGCUAUCUUUGUGCUUGUUCCAUCCGGUCUUGCUGCCAGCGGGUCGCUCAUCUCGGGCAUCGCGGCAGCGGAACAAAUCACUACUACGCCGUCGCCCUUUUCUGUUGUCUCUAACGGGACGCAGGGAUUUGUGGAUGCGGCGAGAAACAUGUCGAGUCCUAACUUUGACCGCGAGUUUCAUGGGGUUGUCCUUGACAUUGGUUACGGAAUGGUCCAGGUAGCAGUCGGCUUCACAGUAGGCCUGUUCCUGGCUGCCUUGGUCGUCUAUCCGCUUGGCAAGAAAAGAAGCGGACUGUUCAGUUUCUAG